AUGCAAUCACACCCUCUCAACGAAACAAGGAGCCCCCCGAAGGCUCUUGAUGCAAUCACACCCCCUCAACAAUACAAGGAGCUCCUGAAGGCUCCUGAUGCAAUUACACCCUCUCAACAAAAAAAGGAGAUCCCGAAGGCCCUUGAUGCAAUCCCACCCCUUCAACAAAACAAGGAGCCCCCAAAGGCUCCUGAUGCAAACACACCCUCUCAACAAAAGAAAGAGCCCCCAAAGGCUCCUGAUGCAAACACACCCCCUCAACAUUACAAGGAGCUCCUGAAGGCUCCUGAUGCAAUCACACCCUCUCAACAAAACAAGGAGCCCCCGAAGGAGCCCCCGAAGGCUCUUGAUGCAAUCACACCCCCUCAACAAUACAAGGAGCUCCUGAAGGCUCCUGAUGCAAUUACACCCUCUCAACAAAAAAAGGAGAUCCCGAAGGCCCUUGAUGCAAUCCCACCCCUUCAACAAAACAAGGAGCCCCCAAAGGCUCCUGAUGCAAACACACCCUCUCAACAAAAGAAAGAGCCCCCAAAGGCACCUGAUGCAAACACACCCCCUCAACAUUACAAGGAGCUCCUGAAGGCUCCUGAUGCAAUUACACCCUCUCAACAAUACAAGGAGCUCCUGAAGGCUCCUGAUGCAAUUACACCCUCUCAACAAAAAAAGGAGACCCUGAAGGCCCUUGAUGCAAUCCCACCCCUUCAACAAAACAAGGAGCCCCCGAAGGCUCCUGAUGCAAACACACCCUCUCAACAAAAGAAGGUGCCCCCAAAGGCUCCUGAUGCAAACACACCCCCUCAACAAAAAAAGAAGCUUCUGAAGGCUCCUGAUGCAAUCACACACUCUCAACAAAACAAGGAGACCCAGAAGGCCGUUGAUGCAAUCACACCCCCUCAACAAAACAAGGAGCCUCUGAAGCUCCUGAUGCAAAUACACCCCCUCAACAAAACAAGGAGCACCUGA